AUGCUCGGCCGCUCCGUGUCUCUUGCUACCGUUCUGCUUGCCCUGAGCGGCAGUUUCGCGAACGCCCAUGGGUCUCACUCGAAUGAGCAGAACCCUUCUUCGGACUGGGCUACUCGGCACAUGCAAGAGGAGCACCACAUUGAUUCCUUUGAUCCUGCAUCCUUCUUUACUUUCCACGACUAUGAUAACUCAGGGGCAUGGACAGCCGAUGAAGUACGGAAGACUUAUGGUCUCGACGAUGAGUCAAAUGCAGGUGUGAGUGAAGAGCGCAAGCAACAGGCUGUCCGGGAAGUAUUUGGGCUAUUUGACCCUGGGAACACUGGAUUCGUUACUCGAGAUAACUGGAUGCGUCUAAUUUCCGAGGGCAAGCGUCUGCCUGAUUUCGGAUUUGGACCUGGUCACCAUGGCGACAUCGAAUAUGAAUAUGAGAUUCACCAUUUUGAGAAAUAUCAUGGAGAUGAUGCCAAGGAGGAAGACCUCACUCACCCAGAGGAUAUUGAGCAUUUCCGGAGGCAUGACGAGGAAGAUGACGCUGCUUAUCGGCUUGAGCAGCUUGAGAGGAUGCAGAUCGUGGAAAAGAACAUACCACAGAAGUUCCUCAAACAUGUUUAG